CAUCAAACAUAACCUGAAUCUACAAGUGAAUAAGAACAGUUUUUUUUUAAAUUAACAAAAAAUGAAAUUAGAUAAAAUUUGUCGCACCUGUUUGCUCGAAAAAGCCAGUCUUAAGCCGCUAUUUGGAGCUUGUGUGGCCAACAUGUUAAUGUCUUGUGCUUCAAUUCAGGUAAUUGAGGGCGACGGCCUCCCCUGUCAGAUUUGCACGCAAUGCUUGCAAAUGGUAAACAGAGCUUACAGUUUCAAACAACAGUGCGARAAAUCGGACGCUUCGUUGAGACAAUACAUAAACAGUGUCGGUUUGCAAACUGUUUCUUUACAAGCCCAGUCGAAUAUCAUGAUCAGUGAUAUGAAAGCUGAUCAGUUAUUUAGCAGUAGCGAGGUGUUACAGCAAUCUUCUAUUUUCCAAGACAUUUUUAACGAUGCUACUUCGCAUUCAUUGGUUGAUAAUUUCACGAGUCAGAACGCUAGUACUGUCGUAUCUGAUUUAGCUGAAACGAUGCAAAGUCUGCAAACUAUAGCAGAACAGUGUUUGCCAGAGACGUGGGAAACUGACACUCAAAUAAUGUCUUGCCAGAGUAACUCACAAGAAACGAACUGUAGCACUUUUGAUUUAUCCAAUUUGUAUAGGUGUCAAUUUUGUGAAGAYAUUUUUAAAGAUGAAUGGACUCUUGGAGAGCACAUCAAAAUCCACACAGGCCAGAAUAAAUAUUUCUGUUCCAUUUGUGGAAAAGGGUGCACGACACCUGCUUUCUUAGAAAAACACAUUAUGGAACAUUCACUCGAUAAAAAUAAUUCAGAAGAGAAAAAGUUAUGUAACAACAGUUUUAUGUGCAAUAUUUGCGAUAGGACAUUUAAUGACCAGAAAUUCCUAAAAAAACACUUGAAAGAAAUUCAUUUUACGACGAUUGAUGAUUUGAAUGAUGAGCGAAAGCACRUCUGCACAAUUUGUAACAAAAGUUACAAACAAAACAAACUACUUGUAAUGCACAUGAGAUCACACACKGGUGAAAGACCYCUAAAUUGUGAAGUUUGUGGGCGAACUUUCGCCCUACCAAGUUCCUUAUACAAACACCGAAAUAUUCAUUGCACAGAAAAGAAAUACGGUUGUAACAUUUGCGGGAAAAAAUUCAACCAAUCGUCGAACUUAACAGCGCAUUUGCGGACUCAUACCGGGGAAAAACCGUACAUUUGUAACCUGUGCGGGAAAGCUUGCGUCACUAGUGCCAACCGUGAUAUUCACAUGCGGACCCACACCGGGGAAAAACCCUACAAGUGUGCACGAUGCAACUGUUCUUUUGCAACGAGCACUCAGUUGAAAAAACACAACUUGAAACACACCGGGGAAAGACCGUACCAUUGUUGGCAGUGUGGCAAAUCCUUCAGACAGAAAGAAACUAGAGAUACACACGUGCGUUACCACACGGGGGAACGCCCCUAUGCUUGCACUYUUUGCCCCAARAAGUACAUCGCGGCGAGUCACUUGAGGGUUCAUAUGAAAAAUCACAACAAUGAGCGGAAGUAUCAUUGCCAUAUUUGCAUGAAAAAAUUUGUAGAAGCGCGGAUUUUAAAAAGCCAUAUUUUGACUCAUACUGGACAAAAACCGUACUCAUGUGAGUAUUGUGGUAAUAAGUUUUCGCAAUCGGGGUCAUUAAAUAAUCACAUCAAAAAUAGGCACAGAUAAUUUAUUUUGUGUAAGUGACAAUAAAAAWUAAGUUUAUUUA